AUGCGCACCAAAAGCCAGAUGCAAAGAGGGACUGCUCCCGGCACCGGAGCUUUUGAUAUACUCCCGGAUAACAAUUCGACUUGCGAAAGUGAACACGAAAGCCACGACUCACCCGGCAUGAAAAAGAAGCCAAGAGCACUGGGGCUCUCCCGUGUCAAUUCGUUGCUCUUGUCACGACCCGCUAGGCCAGUCCAAUCACGACACAGGCCGUCUAUAAAGUCAGACACAGACGAUGACAAGGAAAACGAUGUGUCCGACGAGUUCGCAGACGAAUAUCCGGCAGUCAAUCGAUCGCCGCCUAGGCGGUCGACUGCUCAAUUGCCAGUCAGAAACAGGGCAACUCAUACCUCUGUUAGCCAGUCGGUGAUCGCUGCCCAGCGUGAGGAAGACCAGUCUGAAGGCGAUAGCUUUGAUUCACUAGACGAUUUCAUUGUCAGUGACGACAAUGAGCUGAGUUAUCACGGAAACCCAGAAAGCGAGGGUUCGGAAACGGAGCCUGAGAUAAUGCCUCCGUCUCCUGAACGCUCACCCAGAAAAAGAUUGAUGAGAGGAAGAAGGCCAAGCCCAGAGAGAAAGCCAAGUCCGCAGAGAGAAGCAAAACUGGAAAAGAGUUUCAUGGUAGCGGAGGAAGUUUCAAUGAGCCCGAAGUACAAGGUGUCGAGCCCGAAGAAGAAAGAAUCGAAGAAAGAAAUAGCGAGAGCGACCCCGAGUCCCGUGUACGAGUCUCCCAUCUUCCAAGUGGACGCCUCCGAGCCUCGUACCGAGCCAUCCUCCUCUUCCCAAUUCAGCCUUGACAGCUCCACGAAUAUCAUAGACUCACUCCGAGAGCUUGAGCUGGAUAGCGAAGAUGAGUCUCCAUCGCCGACGGCAAGAAUUGAGUCAAGCUCUUCCCCGGAAGCCCCAUCACAACUUCCAAGCCGAAACCCCCUCCAAUUCCUCGUCAAUCGUUCUGUCACCCCGGUUGACAAAUCACCAAUGACGCCAAAGGUGAAAUCAACACCUAGAAAGGGCGCCGACAAGCCACCAAGUAAGACGGCCCUAAAAAAGGCCGAGGCAGCCGAAAGGCGCCAGGCAAAAGAUGAGAAGAAGGCAUUCGACCAAAACAAAGAGUCGUAUGCGGAGACCUUCAUCCGGAUUCUAGACGAGACCGUCGCCAACGGAGAGGUUGCUCGCAUGACCCAAUCAACCGGAGGUAUCAAAAUAAAAUGGAACAACCUUCUCCAGAGCACGGCCGGGCGGGCAAUGCAUCACAUCACAUCUCCCAGGAGCCCAGGCUCGAACUCGGAAUACUCAGCAAUGAUCGAGCUGAACCCAAAGGUCCUUGACAGUAACGAUCGGAUCCUAUGCACAGCAACCCACGAGUACUGUCAUCUCGCCAACGGCCUGAUCUCAAGGCAGGGGGGACACGGGCCCAGUUUUCAUGCUUGGGGGGCUCGCUGUGUCGAAGCCAUGGCUGGUCACCAUGAGUACGGUGGCGGCCGCAUUAAAGUGACCACAAAGCAUAGCUAUGAGAUUGAUUACAAGUACUCAUGGGAAUGCCAGGGCUGCCAGAGGAAGUUUGGUCGGUCUUCUAAGAGUAUUGAUCCCGAGAGGCAGCGGUGUCCCUGUAUGGGCAUGCUGGUGCAGGUGAAGCCUAAGCCACGGGCGAAGAAGGCUGCAAAGGGUGAUAACAAGGAGAAUGAGAAGCCGGCAGUCUGA